AUGACGUCGAUCGAUGGUGUUUGCAUGCCAGGUAAAUCUAGCUUAGCCAAGAACUCUGCUGCUAACCGCUCUUCAAAAGCUAUAGUACCCGAAGAUUCCCCAAAGACAAAAGAGAAAGACAAAUUGUUUGGAGCGAAAGCCAUGGGAAUAACAGUUGAUAGACACAGCCUUACCACGGAAGCAUUCACAGAAGGUCACUAUGUCCCACAACUAGCGCUGCGUAUGCUUGAGUUUAAUAAGAAGGACAAGUUGUUCAAUCUAAAGGGAAUAGCUCUCGGAAAUCCUACCCUGGAUUUCACCACUGACUUCGAUUCUGUAGCAGACUAUUUGUGGUCACAUGGGUUGAUCACAGAUAGUACAUUUGAGGAACUCACUUCUUCUUGUACUUAUUCUCAAUUCAUGAAGGAGUAUACUAGAAAAAAUUUAUCCCUUGUUUGUGAAAUUGUGAUCACGCACUUUGAGAAUGAGUUAAAUAUUUUUAACAUAUCUGAUCUGUUAUAUGGGGUAACAUUUGAUCAGUGUGUAUCAUUGAGCGAAUCCCAGCCAUUUGCAAACCAACUUGAUGUCUGUAUUCUAAAUGAGACAUCUGAAUAUUUAAAUAGGAAAGAUGUGCAGAAGGCUCUCCACGCCCGUCUUUUUGGAGUUGGGGGUUGGGUCAACUGUUAUAAUUCAAAUGUUGAGGUACCCACAGUACCUAUUUUGGGAACACUCAUCAGCUCUGGGAUUCGAGUACUGGUUUAUAGUGGAGAUCAAGAUGCCCAAGUUCCGCUGAUUGGGACUCGAAAAGUCAUAAAUGUUUUGGCAAACCAAUUAGCGUUGAACACGACAUCUCCAUAUACGACGUGGUUUGAGAACAAACAGGUUGCAGGAUGGACGCAAGUGUUUGGUGGUGUGCUCUCCUUUGCCACCAUUAGGGGAGCUUCUCAUAGAGCUCCAUUUACGAGCCCAGAGAGAUCCCUGGCGAUGUUCAUAUCGUUUCUGGAAGGGAAGCCACUUCAUGCAGAAAACUAG